GAGCCGGGCUGGCUGUGCUGGAGGAGCUCCUGCCUCCCCAGCCAGGACUUCUCAGGUGUCCUGAGCGGCGGAGCUGUAAGGUGGAGCUGUGUGAGCCCAGCUGGGCCCUCCUGGCAGCUCCCCCCCUUCCCCACCUCCAUGCCCAUCCUUUGAGCCCCCCCGGGCACCCAUGCGCUCGCCCAGGGACCACUCCGCACCAUGAACGACCAGUACCACCGAGCGGCCCGGGAUGGCUACCUGGACCUCCUGAAGGAAGCCACCAAGAAGGACCUGAACUCCCCAGAUGAGGAUGGCAUGACCCCGACCCUAUGGGCUGCCUACCAUGGCAACCUGGAUGCCCUGCGCCUCAUCGUCAGCAGAGGGGGUGAUCCAGACAAAUGUGACAUCUGGGGGAACACUCCUCUCCACCUGGCUGCAGCCAAUGGCCACCUGAACUGCCUUUCCUUCCUCAUCUCUUUUGGGGCCAACAUCUGGUGCCUGGACAAUGACUACCACACCCCACUGGACAUGGCAGCCAUGAAGGGGCACAUGGAGUGUGUGAGGUACCUGGACUCCAUCGCUGCCAAGCAGAGCAGCCUCAACCCCAAGCUGGUGAGCAAGCUGAAGGACAAGGCCUUUCGGGACGCGGAGAGGAGGAUCAAGGACUGCGUGAAGCUGCAGAAGAAACACCACGAAAGGAUGGAGAAACGGUACAGGAAGGAGAUGUCGGAUAACUCGGAUACCAUGAGCUUCUCCAGCUAUUCGAGCAGCACCUUGAGCAAGAAGUUCCAGCACAUGUCUAUGGUGACUUCCCUGCCAUACUCUCAAGCCACCAUCCACGGCACAGCCAAGGGAAAGACAAAGAUCCAAAAGAAGCUGGAGAAGAAGAAGCAGGUGGACGGGACGUUCAAGAUCUACGAGGAUGGGAGGAAAAGCAUGAGGUCCCUGUCGGGGCUGCAGCUGGGGAACGAUGUCAUGUUUGUGAAGCAGGGCACCUACGCCAGCCCCAAGGAGUGGACUCGGCGUAACAUCAGGGACAUGUUUCUCACGGAUGAGGACACCGUCUCCCGUGCCAUAAGCGACCCGGGUUUGCACAUGGACUCGGCCCACUCGGAAGUCAGCACCGACUCCGGCCAUGACUCCUUGUUCAACCGCCCCGGGCUGGGCACCAUGGUGUUCCGGCGUAACUAUGUCAGCAGCGGGCUCUUUGGGAUCGGGAGGGAGGACGGGGGCACCCCGGGGGAAGAGAAUCCCCCUGGGGUUGGGGUCAAACUGCGGAGCCGCCUGCAGCGCUCGCCAAGUCUCAACGACAGCAUUGGCAGUGCCAACAGCCUGCAGGAGAGGAACGCGGAGGAGCUGCCCUGGGAUGAGGUGGAGCUGGGCUUGGAUGAUGAUGAUGAACCAGACACCAGCCCCCUGGAGACUUUCCUGGCUUCCCUGCACAUGUUUGAGUUCAUUUCCAUCCUCAAGAAGGAAAAGAUUGACUUGGAGGCCCUCAUGCUAUGUUCAGACAAUGACCUGAAGAGCAUCAAUAUCCCCUUGGGCCCCAGGAAAAAGAUUGUGGAUGCCAUCCAGAGGAGACGACAAACUCUGGAGAAGCCAGAUGUCAUUGUAGACACUGAACUAUAGCAGCAGCAGCAUUUUUUUUUUUAAAUGAUCAAGUAACAAACGCAGUUCUAAGUUGCCAGAAAACACAAGCCAGAGACUCCCAUGGAGCAGCUGAGAGCUCCAGCCACCCCACUGCUCCCUCUGGACUGCCCUCCUGCUCCCUUGCUCUGCUCCCCAUCUCUGCAAUGCUCCCAGGAGGUACUGGGGAUGGAAGAACAACUGCUGAGAUGGACCAGGCAGCUCCAGCCUGGAAGGGACAAUGGUCUCCUGCUCACUGGAGGAAGAAGUGUGUUGCACACCUUGGUGGGCUGUCCUGGGCUGAGAGACCACACCAAGCCAUGAAAGGAAGGAGAAUCUUGCUGGUAUUUUCAAAGGGACCCAAAAUAAAUAAUUAC